AUGAGUACAAAAAAGCGUCGUGGUGGAGCAAUAAAUUCCAGACAAGCCCAGAAGCGAACUUGGGAAGCAACCUCCACCCCCGAGAUUUCCUUGGAAGCAGAACCCAUAGAACUCGUGGAAGCUGGAGAUGAAAUUGUGGACCUCACUUGUGAAUCUUUCGAGCCUGUGGUGGUUGAUCUGACUCACGAUGACUCUGUUGUGAUUGCUGACGAAAGAAAACGACCACGGAGGAAUGCCAGGAGGCUGCCCCAGGACCAUGCUGACAGCUGCGCGGUGAGCAGUGACGAUGAGGAGUUGUCCAGGGACAGAGACGUGUAUGUGACUACCCACGCUCCCAGAAACGCCAGCGAUGACGGUGCUACAGGCCUCAGGCCCUCGGGUACUGUCAGCUGUCCUAUCUGCAUGGACGGAUACUCAGAGAUCGUGCAGAACGGACGUCUCAUCAUUUCCACAGAAUGUGGCCAUGUCUUCUGUAGCCAGUGCCUCCGUGAUUCCCUGAAGAAUGUUAAUACUUGCCCAACUUGUAGGAAAAAGAUCAACCAUAAACGGUACCACUCAAUUUAUAUAUGAAGUAUUCAGAGCUGCCCAGGAGAAGACGGAUGGACAGACAGACAGCCAGGUUCUCCAGUGGUA